AUGUCAAUCCCCGCUCUCGAUGCCUCUGCUCUCUCUGGAGGGGAUGCUGAGCAACGCGCUGAAUUUGCUGCCAAGCUCCUUGAUAGUCUGAACACAUUUGGCUUUGCGAAGCUUGUGAAUCACACUGUUCCUGUUCCGCUUGUCCAGGAGACGUUUGAUCAGAUCAAACGCUUUUUCAAACUUCCGUACAAAGUCAAGGCCCCACUGCGAAAUGACCCUAAAAACGGUCAGCAACGUGGAUGGAGUGUGCCAGGAGAGGAAAAAACAUGGUGGCUUGAAAGUAACACUGGCGAUGUGAAAGAGCCCAACUUUGGCGAUAACAAGGAGAGCUUCGACUGCGGACACCCCGAUGACGAGCAAUUCCCCAACAAGUGGCCCUCGGAGUCCGAUCUCCCUGGAUACCAGAAAACGAUGGACGAGUUUUUCUUCUCGUGCGGGGAUCUCACGCUAGUCCUUCUCGAGUCAAUGGCGACAGCGCUAAAUCUGGACCCCAAUGUCUUCACGUCCCGAUGCACCAACGAGGCUAGCACGAUCCGCAUCAACCAUUUCCCACCAAUUGACCGUGCAACCCUGGACGAAGGAAAAAUCAGCCGCAUUUGGCCACACAAGGAUUUUGGCAUCAUCUCACUAGUUUUCCCGGAUGUUACUCCCGGAUUGGAGUACGAGGAUCGGAGUAAUCCUGGAACUUUCAUUCCAAUGCCUUAUGGAUCUGACGAGGAGGUCGUUGUGAUUGUCUCCGAGACCAUGCAGCGAUGGACUAACAACAAGAUUGGCGGUGGCCUCCAUCGUGUAACCCGACCUAGGGAAUGUAACGGGGAGACUGUCCCGGAGCGGUGGAGUCUGGUUUAUUUCAACAAGGCGGACCGUGAUGUGAAUGUGGGUCCUCUUGGGGAGUUUCUGGGUGAUGAGAAGCCAGUGUAUGAAGAUUUGACGGCUUUGGAGUAUCAAACUCUGCGCAACGCUGCUCACUACCCUGGUUAG